AUGUCGCAGCAGCACGACCCACCCAGCAGCACGCUCUCGACGCUCCAGCUCUCCGACCCGCAGGGCAACGGCACGGCCAGGGCAAGGGCAGCGGCAGGGGCAGGGGUAGGGGCAGCCCCAUCAUCGUCGUCGCCUUCAUCGCUGUCUGCAGCCCAGCACCUCGAGACAGGAGCGGACACGAUCCCGGAACGGCACGCGACGAUCCUCUACGCGACCGAGACGGGCACCUCUCUCUCGCUCUCCGAGACGCUCUACGCCCAGUUGCAGCGCAAGCGCUUCGACAGCCUCACGCUCUGCUCGCUCGACGACUACGACCCGCUCUCGCUCGCCGGCGAGUCGCUCGUCGUCUUCGUCGUCUCCGUCACGGGACAGGGCGAGUUCCCCACCGCCGCUCGCUCCUUCUGGCGCUUCCUGCUCCGCUCCGACCUCGCGCACGAUGCGCUCGACCACCUCUCGUUUGCCGCAUUCGGCUGCGGCGACUCGUCCUACCCGCGCUUCAAUUGGCCCGUACGCAUGCUGAGGCGGAGGCUGGCCGCGCUGGGCGCCGAUGAGCUCGUCGAGCACGGCGAGGGCGACGAGCAGCACUACCUUGGCAUGGAGGGCACCUUCCUGCCCUGGCUCGAGACGCUAUGGUCCAAGCUCGACGAGGUGCUGCCUUUGCCACCAGGUGUCAAGGAGGUGCCCGAGGACGAGCUGCUGCCGCCACGCAUCGGCAUUCGCUUCCUCGAGGACUCGACAACUGCAGUCACGACCGACGGGCCGAACGGGGCAGCUCCAACGAGGGCGAGCAGCGCAGACGAAGGCUCAUCGCCGCCGCAGCCGCUUCCGCCGCCACCACCAGGCAUGACCUGGGCCAGGCUGACGCGCAACGAGCGGAUGACGGACCCGUCGCACUUCCAGGACGUCCGGCUGCUCACCUUCACCUCGGCCUCGCCCUCGACGCCGCUCGAGUACGAGGCGGGCGACGUGCUGCACCUCCUCCCCUCGAACCCCGCCGACGACGUCGCCCGCCUCCUCACCCGGCUCGGCUGGUCCGACGUCGCCGACACGCCCCUGGAGCUCGUCGCCUCGAACCCAUCGCAGUCGCUGCCCGCCUCGCUGCACAGCCUCGGCGGCAGCACCGCCACGACGCUGCGAGCGCUGCUCACGCACCACCUCGACCCCUUUUCGGUGCCGCGGCGCUCCUUCUUCGACUUCAUCCGCCGCUUCUCGCCGCCCGGCGGGUUGGAGCGCGAAAAGCUCGACGAGUUUGUUUCGCCCGGCGAGGGCGCCGACGAGAUGUACGAGUACGCGCAGCGCGUCCGGAGGACCAUGGCCGAGGUGCUGUACGAGUUCAAGAGCGUCGAGGUGGAGCCGCGGUGGGUCAUGGAGCUCUUUCCGCUGAUGCGACAGCGGGCGUUUAGCAUCGCCAGUAGCCCCCAGACGACGCCGGGCGAGGUGACGCUGGCCGUGGCGCUGGUCUCGUACAAGACGCGGCUCCACGACAUGCGGUGGGGCGUCUGCUCGCGCUACCUCUCGACGCUUGCCACACCCACCACGCUGCCGGUCCGCAUCAGCCGCGGCACGUUCCGGCUGCCCCCUUCGCUCGAUGCUCCUCUGCUCCUCAUCGGGCCGGGCACCGGCGUGGCGCCCUUGAGGAGCCUGCUCCAUUCCAGAAUUCACCAGGCGUACCUGGCGGCGGCGCAAGGUGGCGGCGCGGACGUGCACGACGGACAAGCAUCAAGAGCGAAGCCAGCGGGCGAGUGCCUGCUGGUGACGGGGUGCCGGUUCAGGAAGAAGGACUGGCUGUUCGGCGACGAGUGGCAGUCGCUCGAUGCUAUCUCCUCGUUGUCGUCACCAGGCGCAAAUGGGCAAGGAUCGGCCAUGGCACGGUCAUCAUCGACGUCGCCGCCGCCGUCGCUGACGGAGCGGCUCAGUCACGCGCGGCUGGCGCUGAGCGUCGAGGUGGCGGCGUCGCGGGACCAGGAGGACAAGGUGUACGUGCAGCACAUGGUGGCGCGGCACUCGGCGCGGAUCUGGGACAUGGUGGCGCGGCGCGGCGGGUACGUCUACAUCUCUGGGUCGAGCGGCAAGAUGCCCGAGCAGGUGCGCGACGCCUUCGAGGGCGUGUGCCGCGAGCACGGCGGCAUGGACGACGACCAGGCGAGGAGGUUCGUCGAUGCCCUCGAGAUGCGAGGCAGGUGGCAGGAGGAGUGCUGGAGCUGA